CUUUCUUUUUUUAGAAUUAUUUUGCUCGGAUAUCGAUGAAGGUUCUCUCGCCGGUUCUUGCAUUCCUAGCACUUGCUGCGGUGGCAAGCCAUGCGGCUCUCACACCUGAGCAGUAUUGGAACAAUAAGCUGCCGGAUACUCCGAUGCCGAAGGUUGUCCAAGAAAUUCUACAUCCCGAAUUGUUAGGGGAGAAAAGUACGUCUGUGAAUGUAGGAGGUGGUGGUGUAAACGUCAAUACAGGGAAAGGGAAGCCUGGGGGUACCGCCGUGAACGUCGGAAAGGGCGGAGUACAUGUGAACACCGGGAAAGGCGGUGGCAGUCAUGUGAGCGUCGGCGGCAAAGGCGGAGGAGUAUCUGUAAACACUGGGCACAAGGGAAAGCCGCCAGUAAACGUUCACGUUUCACCGUUUAUUUACAAUUAUGCAGCCACCGAGACUCAAAUCCACGACGACCCGAACGUGGCACUUUUCUUUUUGGAAAAAGACAUGCACCCCGGUGCAACGAUGACCCUGCAUUUCAAUCAAAACACACAGAAAUCAACCUUCUUACCUUACCAAAUAUCCCAAACGAUACCGUUUUCAUCAGACAAGUUGCCAGAAAUCUUCACCAAAUUCUCAGUAAAAUCCGGAUCGGAAGAGGCAGAGACAAUGAAGAACACGAUCAAGGAGUGCGAAAAGCCAUCGAUCCUAGGAGAAGAAAAAUACUGCGCAACCUCACUUGAAUCAAUGAUCGACUUCACCACUUCCAAGCUCGGGAAAAUCGGCCAGGCAGUCUCAACAGAGGUGGAAAAACAAACCCCAAAGCAGAAAUUCAAAAUAUCCGCCGGAGUAGAGAGAAUCGCAGGCGACAAAGCCGUGGUAUGCCACAAGCAGAAUUAUGCGUACGCCGUGUUCUACUGCCAUAAAUCGGAAACAACCAGGGCUUACACGGUUCCUUUGAACGGUGCCGACGGAACAAAAGCCAAAGCAGUCGCAGUUUGCCACACGGAUACAUCGGCAUGGAACCCAAAGCAUUUGGCUUUUCAAGUCCUCAAGGUUGAGCCAGGAACCGUUCCCAUCUGCCAUUUCCUUCCUCAGGAUCACAUUGUUUGGGUCCCAAAGUAGAAUCCUGAAGAGUAGAGCCCUUUAGUGUGCAUUAAAACAGCUUAAAGAAAUAUCCAUGGAUCAUGUUCUUAGUAAUGGAUAAAAUGAUAGUAUUACUUAUUGUAACGUAGUGGUUUGGUGAUAAAUCUAUUAGAACAUCAUGGUUUUUUGUUU